ACAUUUCUUGCUACUAUAUGACUUGCAAGACGAGCAGAAGUUUUCGUUCAUAAGUUUUUAAGUGUUUGCAUAAUCUAGACGUGCCCAGUAAGUGAAGAAAGUUGCAUCAUGUCGUGCCCGUUUUUAAGUCGCUUUAGUGCAAAUUAUGUUCGCAAUUAUUCCGAGUUUUUGGUGCAAACUUAUGGCGUUUAUUGUCCUGUGCUCAGCAAACAAUUCCAUACCAAUAGUAAUGAUGGCAAUAAAGUGCAGACAGGAUUGACUGCUGUCGCCGCGCCAAGGACAAAUACCACACCUAAUCAAUGCGCCUACUCCUCUGCUGUACGUCCGAAUGAAUCGUUGGCAAAACCAAUGGCGAGUUGCGUAAAGGAAAUCGAAAAUCGAAAUGCUGUUGAUGUGACUGACACGUUUUCAUAUGAAAGUUUUUUCCAUGAUCAAAUUUUAAAGAAAAAGCAGGAUUAUUCUUAUCGCAUUUUUCGUAAAGUGAAUCGUUUAGCCGGACCUGGACUAUUUCCACAUGCUAUGGAAUAUUCGAAAGAAGAAAGACCGAUUACUGUGUGGUGCUCGAAUGAUUAUCUUGGCGUGUCAGCACAUCCGAAAGUGAAAGAGGCAUCGAUCAAAGCCAUUGAAUGUCAUGGCACAGGUGCUGGCGGUACACGUAACAUAUCGGGCAAUUCACUACAUCAUGAAAUGUUAGAAAAACGUUUGGCACGACUACACCAGAAGGAUGGCGCACUUGUAUUUACUUCAUGUUUUGUAGCAAACGAUUCAACACUAUUCACUUUGGCAAAAUUACUGCCAGGUUGUCAAAUAUUUUCCGAUGCAGGCAAUCACGCAUCUAUGAUAAUGGGCAUACGAAAUAGUGGUGUGCCAAAACACAUAUUUCGUCACAACGAUCCAAAACAUCUGAGAACACUGCUGCAACAGGUUGAUCGUAAUGUACCGAAAAUAGUUGCUUUCGAAACCGUACAUUCAAUGACUGGCGCCAUUUGCCCACUUGAGGAAUUGUGUGAUGUGGCACAUGAAUAUGGCGCUUUGACUUUUAUCGAUGAAGUACAUGCAGUUGGUUUAUAUGGGCGUAAUGGUGCUGGCAUAGGGGAGAGAGAUGGUUUGUUACCGAAAAUGGACAUUAUAUCUGGUACUUUGGGCAAAGCUUUUGGCAAUAUUGGUGGCUAUAUAGCGAGCAGUGCAAGUUUGAUUGAUAUGAUACGUUCAUAUGCCGCUGGUUUUAUAUUUACGACAUCACUACCACCAGCUGUAAUCUGCGGUGCUUAUGCAGCGAUCGAAUUACUCGCCUCCGAUGAAGGACGUGCAUUACGUAGCAAGCAUCAGAGCAAUGUAAAAUAUUUGAAGAGCCUGCUGCAACGUGAAGGUUUUCCCGUUGAAGAAACAAAAAGUCACAUUAUACCAAUACGCAUUGGCAAUCCAUUAAAAACCACUCAAAUAUCGGAUAUUUUACUACACGAAUAUGGACAUUACAUGCAAGCGAUCAACUAUCCGACUGUGGCGCGUGGUGAAGAGAAAUUACGUUUAGCACCGACUCCAUUCCAUACCGUCGAAAUGAUGCAACAACUGGUGUCCGACAUGAAACGCGCAUGGAAAUCUGUUAAACUACCAAUGGCCGUACCCGAUUGCCCAGAGGGUUGCUUAUUCUGCAAUAAUGGCUUAGGAAACGUAUCGAAUAUGUUAACACCGCCAACUAUAAAUGGUGAUUUGAGAUGUCAAGUACCGAACUGCCCAAGAGUUGUUGCUGCAACGGCUUAAAUGCAUUUGAUUUACAUAAAUACAUAUAUAAAAUAUAUAAAAAAGCACAUAUACAAAUUUACAAAUAUCAAUGGAAUUUUGAAUGGGUAGUCGUAUAGAAAUUGCGCUCAUAGAAUUGCUAAUAAAAAGAAUUGCUAAUAAAAAGUAUACUUCAAGCACAAAAUACAGUUUUUUCUUGCAUAAAUACAUAUUGAUGUUUGGUGGGUUGACGUUGUUUAACAUUAUUUCGCAUGCGAUUAUGCCCAAUGACUAUCGCUAUUGUUACACCGCAUAGGGGUCGCACAGAAAACCUUUGAUACUAAAUUUAGCAAACCAAAAUUUUAUAUACGGAUUGUUCGAAUUGAAGAUUUCUUAUCAAAUUCAGUGUUCACAAACAAAAACACAAUUAUUUACUUAUUAAAAUUAAGAAAAUGAACUUUCAUUAAGCUUUGCAUGUUGGUCCGCCAAAUGAAAGAAAAUUUAUAUAUACAUUUAUUUUUGUAUAAAAACAGGUAUUUUUGUUGUUAUUGCAGCAAUUUUAAAUACGCUUGCAUUUGAGUGCAAAGUUUUCAAUAACUGGUUUUGGGCGAAACAAGCGACUUGAAACAUUUUGUAUACAACAAACAUGAUAUAUUGUCUCGAAAGUGAAUCACGCAGUCUACUUUACUUACUCGUAUAUUAACUGUUUCGUGCGAACGCAUUUGUUAUUGUAGCACUCAAGUACAACAACUGUAUAAUUAUUAUAAAUAUAUAUGUAUGUACAUAUGUGUGAAAGCAAACAUUUGCUAGUUGUUUACUUAAUUCCGGCGGUGUAUAGAGGCUUAAUGACAUUUCUCAUCAGCCACCUUAUCAACAUUUGUGCUUAUUAUGCGCUACUCAUGCUUAUCAGUUUCACACGUGGUUUUCGCUAAGUCAAUGCAAAUGAAAGCAGCAAAGUAAAUCGAGUUAAGCGGAAGUACGAGUAUAUAUGUGUGUCUAUAAAAAAACUAUUUGUUUGCUUUAUUUUCUAUUUUCUCAAGUUUCGACGCUGAAACCAGCUGAAACCGGUUAAGAGUGAAAUACUUUUAACCAAACAAUCAUACGACCUACUACAAUAUGUUAGAUAACCUUAAGAUUGCAAUGGUGACCAUGAUUUAGCAAAAUACAUUUCAGUUAUCUUAAACUGAAACGCAAAUUAAUAAUAAAAUAAAAAUAUGAUUUGAGUAAAUUUGUUGAUAAUUAUGCUUAAUGGUAUUAAUGAUUUAAUAUUUUUGUCGUACAUAUAUUUAAUUCGUAUUAUGAAAAUAUUUAUAGCGUGAUGUAAUUGACACAAGUGCUUGUUUUUGUUAUCAGCAAUAGGCAACAUUCUUAUAAGUUUGCAAACAUACAUACAGACAUACUUAUGUUCAUACGUGGAUGUCAAUUUAAUUCGCACCAUUUUGCACUUACAAUUAAAGCGAAUUGAACGCUCCAUAUUCUAAUCAAUUUACAGUUAAAGGGAUUUUCCGGUGAAAUGUAAAAUAUAAAUUGAUUUUGAUUUCUAAUUGCAUAUGCACACGUACGAGUGCAAAGUGUGUUGAUAUGUAUAAUACUUAUGUAUGUAAGAAAUCGGACAUUUAGCAGAUGUAUUUAUGUACAUAUAUAAAUAGAUGCAAUAACACAUGUUUAUUUGUACUAGAAAAGUCUACAACGGAAGUAUACAAGUACUUAUAAAAAAUUUUAUGAAGUUUUUUGUACGAAAUGAACAUACAUAUGUAACAUAUACAUGUACUAGGGCUCUUCAAAUUAUUCGAAUAACCUGAAAACCGAUUAUUCUAAUAUCCGGUUUGUAACCGUUCGUACGAACAUUAACCGAUUAAUACAAUUCGAAUAGUCGCAAUGUUCCGUACCGUAGUAGAACGAUUAUUCGAAUAGUUGUUCUGCUGCGUUUAAUCGAAUAGUUGUUCCGGUGGGAGCAUUUGAAUAAAUUAAAAUUAUUUGAAAUCCAAGUAGCCUUUGAUUUUUGUUUGUUUUUAUUUGUGAAAAUGUCAAUUGUGCACAUUUUUCAUGAGUUUCACAUUUUUCAAUGAAGAUAGAAAUUUAAUGAACUUUCACUAUUCGAAUAGUCGACAACGAGCGGUUAACCGAAUAGUCGGAAAAGAGCCGUCAAUCGAAUAGUUGACAACUUACGACUAUCCGGAUACUACAAACCGAAUAUUAUUAUUCAAUUAAUGCCCUAUCCGGUUAAUUCGGUUAGUCGAUUAGUAGAAUACUAAGAGCUCUAAUAUGUACAUAUUAGGGGUCUUAAAAAUAUUCGAAUAACCUGAAAACCGAUUAUUCGAAUAUCCGGUUUAUAACCGUUCGUAUGAAUAUUAACCGAUUAAUACUAUUCGAAUAGUUGUAACAUUCUGACUAUUCGAAUAGUCGUUCUACUGCGAUUAUUCGAAUAAUGGUUCUACUGCAAGUAUUUGUAUAAAUGAAAAUUGUUUGAAAUCCAAGCAACCCUUGAUUUUUGUUGGUUUUUAAUUUUUUAAUAAAAAUAAAUAAAUGAAUGAAAUAUACGAAUAGUCGACAACGAACGGUUACUCGGAUGGUCGGAAAUGAGCGGUUAAUCGAAUGGUUGACGACUUACGACUAUCUGCAUACUGCAUACUGAAUACUAUGGUUCGAACAAUGCCCUAUACACUUAAUUCGGUUAGUCGAUUAGUCGAAUACCAAGAGCUCUAAUACAUAUGUACGUGAUGUGUUUAAAAAAUAACGGGAAUUGAAAACUUUAAAAUUUCACGCGUUUACCUAGUUCAAUUUUCUUAUUUUGAUUACAUAUUUUGAUAUAAGCAUACGAGAAUUCGCUGAAAGGGUCAAAGGUUAUCCCAAAAAUCGAGUUUGAGAGUUGUUUCGACGAUUGAAAAAAGCGCUGACAUAAGUGCAUAGCAUCAAAUGGAGAUUAUUUUGAAGGCGACAAUAUUAAUGCAGACGAAUGAAUGAAUUUUUUUCUUAAAAAACGAAAAUUCCCGUUAUUUUUUGAACACUAGCUAAUGAUAUCGACCACCGAUUAAUUCAAGUUAUUUAUUGCGUUGGAAAAUGGGCGGACUAACUAACAUUUCUCUACUCUAAAAAUUUUGUCAUUUGCGUUACUAAACUACCGUUAGGUGUACAAAAGUAAUAGGCUGCAAUAAAAAGCUAUGCCGAAAGUAAUGACAAACAUACGAGCAAUUAACCUAACCUAAAUUGGAUUCUUACUAAAGUCCAUUAACGGUUCGAUGGUAGUUUAUAAACCAAUUGGAUCAAUAUUAAAUCACUUGUUAUCGGCUAAUUAGAUACACAACAGUUAAUAUUUAGUAGAAAUGUUUUGUUUCCAUUUACGCCAAAGUGGAUCUAGUAGACUAUUCUUACACAAUAGUAUAUUCACAAUCGUUGCUUUAUGGUACAAACAUUUUCGAGGACACUCCUAACACCCACAAAUUUGUUCACAUUAUGUAUUCAAUUUGCAAAAACCACAUUUUGAGCUGGGGAUUUUUAAAUACACUUCGUGGCCUUCAGUGCGGAUUGCUGUAGGGAUUCACAAAUCUUAAAUAAUAAAAAAGAACCUACCGGCACAAGAAAGUUGGCGAAUGGGGGAUUUUAAUUGAAUAUCAAGUGAACGCAAUCAGAAAUUUAAGUUCAAUCAGCCAGAGCACGUCAAAUCAACACAAUACACUAACAUUGCCAUACCUUAUCAAUAACGUCCAGGUUCUAGCUCCUUUUUUCCUUUUAUAGCACUUAGUGGCAUUUUAAUGGUUGAAUCAUAACAUCCCACAUCACUACCUUCUAUUGGCUCUCUGUAAAAUAAACAGGACUUUCUUAUUUAUGUUUGCCAGGAAUUUCAUAUCAAACGAACACCUAUCACAUCGCUUUAAUGUGAUCAUGCCGUAUUCAGGACACUCGUCUAAAAGGCACUCUUUCUAUUCUUAAUAGAUCGCUUCAAUCUUAUUAGAUCACAUGAUGUCAUAUUAACGUCAUAUGAUCACACAUCACAACCAAUUAGUAGCCUGUAGCACCAUAGGCAGGCACUUCCUUAUAUAUGCCUGGCAGCCAAAUCAGAGUUUCAUGUCAUAUGAGUACAUCACAUGAUAUGGUAUUGACAUCAUAUUAUAAGACAACCAUUUAGGUGACUACACCACCAUAGGCAGGUACGUCCUUAUAUAUGACUGGCAGCCAAAACAAGAAUUUGAAGUCAUAUAAGAACAUCACAUGAUGCCAUAAUAACAUCAUAUGAUCACACAUCCAGCACCGUAGGCAGGAGCUUCCUUAUAUAUGCCUGGUAGCUAAAACCCGAAUUCCAUGUCAUAUGAUUACAUCACAUGCUGUCAUACUAACAUCAUAUGAUCACACAUCACAACCACAACCAGUUGACGUCAAGCACCUUAGGCGGGCACCUUCUUAUAUAUGCCUGACAGCCAAAACAAGAAUUUUAAGUCAUAUGAGAACAUCACAUGAACCAUAAUAAUAUCAUAUGAUCUCAUAUCACAUCCAACUAUUGGCUUCCAGCACCAUAAGCAGGCACUUCCUUAUAUAUGCUUGGCAGCCAAAACAAGUCAUAUGAAUUCAUCGCAUGAUGUCAUACUAACAUUAUAUGUUCACACAUCACAUCCAACUAGUGGCCUCCAGCACCAUAGGCAGGCACUUCCUUAUAUAUGCCUGGUAGCCCAAAACAAGAAUUUGAAGUCAUAUGAAUACAUCGCAUGAUGUCAUACUAACAUCAUAUGAUCACACAUCACAUCCAACUAGUGGCCUCCAGCACUUCCUUAUAUAUGCCUGGUAACAAGAAUUUCAUGACAUUUGAUCACAUCAUAAGCUCAUAUCAAAUUGCGAUAAUGGAAUCACAUUGGCUGAGGAUUUCUUUUGAUUUAUUUUACUAGAAUUUAUUUAUCUCAAUCACCGUUGUAUAUCACACGACGUUUCGAAUUUUCGAUAGUAGUGCUAGCAUGUGUUGUUCUAUAACUAGUUUUUACGAUCGGAUAAGCACAACGAUUGGAACUUGGAUCAGGGAACAUACAUAUAAUGAUUUUAUGUUCUCUCCUUGGACUGUGCAAAUGUGAAGAAGUCAUAAUCGAACAAAUUCGCCAUAGUGGCGAUCCUUCAGACUAGUCCCAAUUUAAAAAUAAAUUUCAUUAAUGGACUUAGUGUAAAGCUAAUAUAACCAAAUGUUGCUAAAGCUUUCAUUUUACAGUUUUUAGCUUUUAUUUUACAAUAAUUAACUACGCGAAGUUAGACGAAGUAUUUCACUCGUGUUAUACCGAAAAGAAGGCAAUGUUGUGUACGAGCAUCACGGCUGUAAUGGCAAUGUUGCGUGCAACUUGUGCUUAUGUGUCUAUAUACAGUGUUAUGUAUAUAUACUUUUAUAUAUAUGUUUAUAUAGCAUAUGUAGGCCGUUAAAAGUUUCACUUUCUUGCGCUAAAAUAUUGCAACCCUCAGCAACAAAAACAUGCAUAGCGAAGAAGAAGUUGCCUUUUCAACUACUCUGCAAUACCCACGCAUGGUAGGUACAAUCUAUUAAAGUGUGGUGAAAAUAUGAAAAGCUAAUAAAGCUCUAAUGUGGUGAGUUUUUAGCUACUUGCUGCGCUUGCUGUCGAGGCCAACACGAAGAAAACACACACACACACAUAUACAUGAUGUACGACAACUCGUUGCUGCCAUUUAGUUUGAGCGCAAAGCUUUUACCUCACUACUUAUGUAUGUAUGUAUGUAUGUAUAUGAAAAAAUGUAAAAGCACAACAAAUAGUAUGUUGAAAUACUCGAUCGCUCGCUAACUUCAUUGUAUGCGAUCGUUGAAGUAUGGUAGGAAAGAGAUACAUUAAGACUAGCUGUAUAUGAAAAUUGCAAGCAAGUGAAAGGGACGGUCUACUGCAACAAUUCAAUAUAUAUGUUGUGUAUAUAUAUAUAUAUAUGAAAUUUGUUUGUGUAUUAAUAAAGUUUUGUGCAUGUAAAUUCAACUGUAUGUAUGUAUGUAUGUAUGAAUGAAUGAUAAGUUUGUGUCUAGCGCAGCGCGGCAACCACAUUUAGUAAUAUGUUGGAAAUGUGUACUCAGUACGUGAAAUGAUAGUUAGUAAAACACAUCUGAGAGAUUCACUCUGCAGUCGUCGGAUUUAUUUAAGUUUACAAAUACAAAUUUUUUUUAUAUUAUUUCGUAAUACAACAACAACAACAACAACAGCAACGCUCUAAGCGAAAGAGAAAAUAAUAUUAAAUAAACAGCAAACAACAACAA